CGUCCCCUCCCCUGAGUGAGCCCCGGGCGGCUUGGCGGCGGGCAGCGGGCUCGGCGGCGGCUCAGGGAUAGCCAUAACAAUGGAGGAUUACACAAAAGUAGAGAAGAUUGGGGAGGGUACCUAUGGUGUUGUGUAUAAAGGUCGACACAAAAUCACAGGCCAAGUGGUUGCAAUGAAGAAAAUACGUCUAGAAAGUGAGGAGGAAGGUGUUCCAAGUACUGCUAUCCGAGAAAUUUCUUUAUUAAAAGAGCUGCAUCAUCCCAAUAUAGUCUGCCUUCAGGAUGUUCUUAUGCAAGACGCAAGACUGUACCUUGUCUUUGAAUUCCUUUCCAUGGAUCUCAAGAAAUACUUGGAUUCUAUUCCAGCUGGCCAAUAUUUGGAUCGUGCACGUGUUAAGAGUUACUUGUAUCAAAUCUUGCAAGGCAUUGUCUUCUGCCAUUCAAGAAGAGUUCUGCACAGAGACUUAAAACCUCAGAAUCUCCUAAUAGAUGACAAGGGGGUGAUUAAGUUGGCAGACUUCGGAUUGGCUCGAGCUUUUGGGAUUCCAGUGAGGGUAUACACUCAUGAAGUAGUGACACUGUGGUACAGGUCUCCAGAGGUAUUGCUAGGAUCUGCUCGCUACUCUACUCCUGUGGACAUAUGGAGCAUAGGCACCAUAUUUGCUGAAAUGGCAACUAAAAAGCCCCUUUUCCAUGGGGACUCAGAGAUUGACCAGCUCUUCAGAAUCUUCAGAGCUUUAGGGACCCCCAACAAUGAGGUGUGGCCUGAAGUGGAAUCCUUGCAAGACUACAAAAACACAUUUCCAAAAUGGAAACCUGGCAGCCUGGGAACCCAUGUCAAAAACUUAGAUGGAGAUGGGCUUGAUCUGCUUUCUAAAAUGUUAAUUUAUGAUCCUGCAAAAAGAAUUUCUGGUAAAAUGGCCUUGAACCAUCCAUAUUUUGAUGACUUGGACAAGUCCACUCUUCCUGCUAAUCUGAUUAAGAAAUAGACCUUUGGACUAAAUCAACAGGAACAAAAUAAUCAUAAUUAUUUUUAACGUUUGUCUUUUACUUGUCUGUCUGUCUGCUCUAGAACUGUGGCUAUGUUAAGUCUGUUUUGGUCUGUGUUAUCUAAAUGUAAAUA